AACCCUCUUUGCUGAAAUGACCUCACAUAUAUAUUAGCCCUUUUUACUGUUCAUUUUGGUGUGUUGGUAGUUUUUGGUUUGCUUCUACAAGUGGUGCCCGUAUUACUCUUUUCAAGAAGAGUGGUUGUAAUCAUGGUUGGCCCUUUGGGAUGAGAUAAGGACCAAGGACUCCAUUAACCCGAGUUGACCGUAGUUGACUCAUUGACCGGGCUGGACUGGAUUGGUUGACCGGAUUGGACUGGGCUGAAAAUUAUGGGCCUGGAUUGGAUUUAUGCUUUGAGAAUUGGGUCUAAAUGUGGGUUGCUGGUGUGGGCUGGCUUCUAAUAGUUUGUUUUUCUUUCUGAAUGGCUAAACAUUGCCCUAAAUUUACUAUUAUCGCCCUAACUUGAAAAAUGAAAUUACGUAAUUGCCCGUAGAAAUAAAAGCCGCAAACGAAACGCAUCCUAAUUCCUAACAAAGACCACUCCUCUCUCCUCUAAGCCGCCGACGCCUGCAUCCACCCAACCUGCCGUCGACGUUCUCCGCCACAAAGCCCCCCAAUCCCGCUUCCUCCAUCCCGCCGCUGUCGUUCUCCUUCAACAGUCACUCGCUACUGUUGCCUCUCCUCCAGCCGUCACACUGUCGCGGUGCAUCAUCUCCUCCGCCCCGCCGGCGACCUUUCUCCGACGUCCUCCCGCAUUUCAGAUCCCACAUUCAGAUUCCAUUCCCAUCAGGGGAAUUGUUAUGA